CCGCCGCUCAGCUGGCCUGCGCGUCUACAGCCGAGAGAAGCAGCGCCAUCCCCGCCUGGCCGCGCCCGGAAACUCUUGCUCAUAUCCGGCCUUUUAUUCACGCUUUAACGCUUCCUUAGUGGCUCGGUGGUCCUGGUGGCUCGGUGGCUCGGUGGCUCGGUGGCUCGGUGGUCCUGGUGGCUCGGUGGCUCGGUGGCUCGGUGGCUCGGUCCAGCCCGCGAUGGCCGCGCUCCAUGGCGGCUGCUACUGAGAGGCAGGUGCGGCGCAGGCAUGAUGAGGGCCUAGGACCUAGGACUAGUCACAGCUGCUGAAGGAGGAGACGCCAUUCUUACACCGUCAUGGAGCUGCACAUAGACCAGGGGCGCUACCAGGACCAGGACUAGGAGGUGGUCUACCAGGAGCAGGACUAGGGCUAGGAGGUGGUCUACCAGGAGCAGGACUAGGACUAGGAGGUGGUCUACCAGGAGCAGGACUAGGGCUAGGAGGUGGUCUACUAGGACUAGGAGGUGGUCUACCAGGAGCAGGACUAGGACUAGGAGGUGGUCUACCAGGAGCAGGACUAGGGCUAGGAGGUGGUCUACCAGGAGCAGGACUAGAACUAGGAGGCGGUUUACCAGGAGCAGGAGGUGGCCUACCAGGACAAGGAGGUGGUCUACCAGGACUAGGAGGUGACCUACCAGGAGCAGGAGGUGACCUAGCAGGACUAGGAGGUGGUCUAGCAGGACUAGGAGGUGGUGUACCUGCAGGACUAGGAGGUGUAGAAGAGGAUGAUGGAUCUGCAGAUGGAGGAGGUGGUGUACCAGGACGACUACGGCUCCGGCAGCGUGAUGUCGGAGCGGGUGUCGGGCCUGGCCAGCAGCAUCUACCGGGAGUUUGAGAGGUUGAUCCGCAGCUACGACGAGGAGGUGGUGAAGGAGCUGAUGCCGCUGGUGGUCAACGUGCUGGAGAACCUGGACGCCGUGCUGACGGAGAACCAGGAGCACGAGGUGGAGCUGGAGCUGCUGAAGGAGGACAACGAGCAGCUCAUCACGCAGUACGAGAGGGAGAAGGCGCUGCGCAAGCAGGCGGAGGAGAAAUUCAUAGAGUUUGAAGAUGUGCUGGAAGCAGAGAAGAAGGAGCUUCAGGUCCAGCUGGACUUCCUGGAACUGCAAGGGAAACAACUGGAGCUGAAGUCCAGGAACUACGCGGACCAAAUUACACGCUUGGAGGAGCGGGAGUCGGACAUGAAGAAGGAGUACAACGCUCUGCACCAGCGCCACACCGAGAUGAUCCAGACCUACGUGGAACACAUGGAGCGCUCCAAGAUGCAGCAGUCAGCUAGCUAUUUCCAUGUAUCAUGUCAUGUUCCUGUCUCACUGCCUGUCCUGUGUCCUGUCUCACUGCCUGUCCUGUGUCCUGUCUCACUGCCUGGCCUGUGUCCUGUCUCACUGCCUGGCCUGUGUCCUGUCUCACUGCCUGGCCUGUGUCCUGUCUCACUGCCUGGCUGCUGUGUGCUCAGUCAACGCCACACCUGGAGGAAAAGCAAAGCAGAGCGCCCGCCAUCGCUGAGCCUCCACCCCAGUGGUGAGGGCAUGGAGGAUGGUUCAGAGUCUGACUCAGUGGGUGUGACCCCCAGCAGUGCAGGCAGCAACACACCCACAUCCUCCCACUCGCUCACACCCGUCAACCAAGUCUUCUUCCCGCCCUCGGACUUGGACGUGACUCGUGCUGGAAACACUAGCAGGAAGAACAACAAGCGGCUCAGCCGGAAUAUGGAAGUCCAAGUCUCCCAGGAGACUAGGAACGUAAGCAUUGGCAUGGGAAGCAGUGACGAGUGGUCCGAGUUCCAGGAGAUCAUCGAUUCAACUCCUGAGUGUGACAUGUGUGUGGACCCCCGGGUAUAUGGAGGAGGAAACAGUCCCUCCCAGGGCAUCGUCAACGAGGCCUUCGGCAUCAACACAGACUCGCUGUACCACGAGAUCAAAGACGCCAAGUCCGACAUCAUCGGAGACGUGGACGCGGGGGCGGAGCUUCUUGGAGAGUUCUCAGUCCGAGAUGAUUUCUUCGGGAUGGGCAAGGAGGUGGAGAACCUGCUGACGGAGAACAAACAGCUGCUAGAGACCAAAAAUGCUCUCAACAUCGUGAAGAACGACCUGAUUGCCAAAGUGGAUGAGCUGUCUAGCGAGCACGAGGUGCUGCGGGAGGAAGUGGAGGCCGUCAGGCAGUCCAAGAACAAGAUGGACGCCAGAGUCAAGGAGCUGGAGGAAGAACUGAGGAGGCUGAGAGCUGAAGCCCUAGGAGCAUCUCGGGAGUCCAAAGACGAAGGAAGUGAUGAUUUGUCCUCCCCCAUCCAAGAUGGCGACAUGACCAUGAGCCAGCGGCGGAGGUUCACUCGGGUGGAGAUGGCGAGGGUGCUGAUGGAGAGGAACCAGUACAAGGAGAGGCUGAUGGAGCUCCAGGAGGCGGUCAGGUGGACGGAGAUGAUCAGGGCGUCCCGGGAGAGUCCUGCAAUCCAGGAGAAGAAGAAGUCCACCAUCUGGCAGUUACUUCUUGACUUGUACUUUCAGACCAGCAGUGACAAAGACAUGAAGAACGUUCCGGUCCCGGUCUACUGUCGGCCCCUGGUAGAGAAAGACCCCAACAGGAAGUUGUGGUGUGCAGCCGGGGUGGACCUCACAGGGUGGAGGGCCAUCCCCCAGGAGGCGGGGCCAGUCACAGCGGCCCCCGAAGGCAGCGACCCCCUGCGUGGGGAGGAGAAGGAGGGAGGCAAGAAGAGCACCAACAACUCCCCAGAGAAGAGGAAGUCCAAGGAGGUCCAGGAGACGGACGCCAUGAGCAGCCGCGUGUGGAUCCUGACCAGCACACACUCCGCCAGCAAGGUGGUGAUCAUCGACGCCAACCAGCCGGGCUCGCUGGUGGACCAGUUCAACGUCUGCAAUGCACACGUGCUCUGCAUCUCCAGUGUGCCAGCUGCCAGCGAGAGCGACUACGCGGCGGGUGAGAUCGUGUUGGACCCGGGUGAUGGCGGUCCAGGCCAGGAUGGCGGAGGUGUGGAGGGUAUGUUGGCCGGUAUCACGCUAGUGGGGUGCGCCACUAACUGCAGUGUUGCCCGUAGCAACUGCUCCUCCCGCACUGACACUCCCAUCACGGACAAAGGCCAAGGCCCCGCCCACGCCAAGAUUCACCCGGCACAGUCGGCCGAGGAAGCCACCGAGGCCAUCGAGUCCGCAGCCAGCCACGCCGGACCCCCGGGACCGUUUAUGGAGCACGUCUUUACUGAUCCGCCGCCUCGCGCAGCAGACGUGUCAGACAGGAGCGCCGCUCCGUCCAAGGAGGAGACGGCGGUUGCCGCGGAGACGGAAGACGGUGGCCAAGAGGCCAAGACUUACACCAGCAUGGCCCCCACCAUGUGGCUUGGGGCCCAGAAUGGCUGGCUUUAUGUCCACUCAGCUGUGGGCAACUGGAAGACGUGUCUGCACUCCAUCAAACUCAAAGACUCGGUGCUCAGUCUGGUGCACGUGAAGGGCCGAGUGCUGGUGGCCCUCGCUGACGGGACCUUGGCCAUAUUCCACAGAUCAGAAGAGGGCCAGUGGGACUUGUCCAACUACCACCUGAUGGACUUGGGGCGUCCUCACCAUUCCAUCCGCUGCAUGGCGGUGGUGCACGAUAAGGUGUGGUGCGGCUACAAGAACAAGAUCCACGUCAUCCAGCCCAAGAGCAUGCAGAUCGAGAAGUCCUUUGACGCCCACCCACGUCGUGAGAGUCAGGUGCGGCAGCUGGCCUGGAUCGGUGAUGGCGUGUGGGUGUCCAUCCGCCUGGACUCCACCCUGCGCCUCUACCACGCCCACACCCACCAGCACCUGCAGGACGUGGACAUCGAGCCCUACGUCAGCAAGAUGCUGGGCACUGGCAAGCUGGGCUUCUCCUUUGUGCGGAUCACGGCUCUUCUCAUUGGAGGAAACCGCCUGUGGGUGGGGACUGGCAACGGCGUCAUCAUCUCCAUCCCUCUGACUGAGACGGUGGUUUUACACCGAGGACAACUUCUGGGUCUGAGGGCCAAUAAGGUGUCUCCGACCUCGUGCGGGGGUGUGAUCCACGUCUACGGCGGCGACGGCUCGGAGAAAAGCAGCGGCAGCUUCAUCCCGUACUGCUCCAUGGCCCAGGCCCAGCUCUGUUUCCACGGACACCGGGACGCCGUCAAGUUCUUUGUCUCCGUCCCAGGCAACGUCUUGGCCACGCUCAACGGCAGCGUGCUGGACAGUCCGUCUGAGGGUCAGACCUGCACCCAGGAGACCGAGGCACAGAGUCUUCACAACGUCCUGGUGCUGAGCGGCGGUGAAGGUUACAUCGACUUUCGCAUAGGGGAUGGCGAGGACGAGGAGACGGAGGAAGGUGACAGUAAUGAAGCCUCACAGCUCAAACCCACUUUGUGCAAAGCAGAGCGGAGUCACAUCAUCGUCUGGCAGGUGUCUUACGUACCUGAGUGACAUCAUCUUACGUACCUGAGUGACAUCAUCUUACGUACCUGAGUGACACUCCUUGCAAGCAACCCCCUCAUGUUAACUUCUGUCUUGCCUAUUAAUGAUGAUGUAAUCACCUGUCACCCCUUCACUAACUGUCCUGCAUCCAACAAAACAUCUUGUGUGUACCAACACCACCUGGACUUCUUCUGUGUGUAUCAACACCACCUGGACUUCUUCUGUGUGUACCAACACCACCUGGACUUCUUCUGUGUGUACCAACACCACCUGGACUUCUUCUGUGUGUACCAACACCACCUGGACUUCUUCUGUGUGUA